AUGGGACAUUCAUCUUCUACACUAUCUGAAGAACAUAAAGCAGCCCACUGUGUGGAUUUGAAGUUGAGUGAUUUUAGAGUUAAUUACACAGACAUCCACGAGAAGAAUAUGGAGUUGAUAACAAAUCCCCAAAAGGGAAAGUAUAAACACGAUUUUAUCGGCAGAGAGAAGAUUAUGAAAACCUCAGUUCAAUUUAACAUUGUUUUAUCAAACUGUAAAAAAAUCCCCCCUGGAAUUCGAGUUAUGUGGGAUUUUGGAGAUGGUAUUAUUUCAAACGAGACACUUGUUACAUUUCAGAAAUCACAUGACUACUCUAAGCGCGGAAAGUAUAAUUUUUUGGCUACAUUUUCAGAUGGUAGUGAUGAACACAAUGAAACGGGAACUGUUUACAUUGGAAUAGCUCAGACAUUUUCAGUUUCUCCUUUAAAUGUCACUGUUGGUGGCCAGGUGUGUUUUAGUGUGUCAGUUCACGCGGAUAUACUCAGCAGGAUUAACUGGUGCAAUUUUUACGCAGAUGUUUUCCUGAAAUCCACUACGUCGACAUCAUAUUGCCAUAUCUUUACUUCACGCAGAAUUUACAUGCCUUACGUAUAUGUCAGUCUCACGAACGGUAUUAAUGAGGUCUUAUAUUCAACCACCCAACUGGCUGUAGACUAUGAUAUAUCAGGAGGUCCAUUGGCACUAGUCUCCGCAAGCAAUCCGGUACAUCUUCCACCCGGAAGUAAUGCUUUAACGAUACAAGUUCAGUCAUCUUCCUACACCAUAACGGAUGUUACUUGUAAUGUGACGUCAGGAGACAAAGUAAACAAGACCCUUUUUACUUUCGAUCAUGAUUUUAGGAGUGUGUCUUCCUGGUCAAUCACUUACAGACACUAUUCUCUUGGAGCAAUGACAGCAACCGCCCGUUGUUUCAAUAGCAUCUCAGAAUUUACCACCGAGCACCAAUUUGAAGUUGUCAACAAAUGUUUUCGAGUUGACGAACGUUUCGAUAGACAAUAUUCUAUGCCUGAUACGCCAUUAGAAGUUUCCGUCACAGAAGACAUACUGUUAUAUGCGAGGAGCGUGAUGAUUUGCGAUGAAUCGGCGUCAUUUAGUUGGACUAUUGAAAUCGCCAACAAUCAAAGUCAGCACAUAGAGUUUGAUAACGUUGCCGAUCCAUUUACAAAUGUAUUACUUAUUCCAAGAUACUCGCUCGCCGUGGGUUUGUACAAGGUCACGUCGUUUGUUUAUAUUGCUUCCACUUGGGUGGAUGAGUAUACUUUUGUGAAGUUUGUUCUUCCACCCCCGACAGCGUUUAUCCAAGGUGGCAACAACGUGCUGGCGAAAGACAAGAAAAACACGAAAAUAGAAUUGGACGCCCAAAACUCUUAUCAACAGGAAAUAGGAGACGGAGAGACACUGACCCAUAGUUGGACCUGUGCCAGAUCUGACGGUGUAAGGAUAACAAACUGCGGGAGAAAUAAUGACCGUAAAUGGACAUUAAAGAUGGCCAGAAAGGUGUCGUAUAGCAUUACCGUUACCGUGAAGAAUGAUCUGGGGACGGCAGUAUUUACUCAGGAUAUCACGAGAAUAUGGGCCUCUUGUUUGUUCGUGUUGCAUGUUACUUUGUAUCGCUUUAUGUACACUUGCAGGUGCUUGUUCAACUGUGGACGUAAAGCUGCUGUCUCUAAGCGAAUCAUUUACAGACUGGAUUGCCACGAUUGUAAGGCUCGAAUGAAGUACUACUCAUGGAUUCUCAAAUACGCUGAUGGAAAUACCAAUAUUAUAAAUAACUGGGCUUUAAACAAUGUCACUCGAAAAAAGAUAAUCAUAAUCAAUGAAGGAGUUCUACGAGAGGGCUUUCAGUAUAUUCUAUCUGUCACUCAAAACGAGAAAUGGUCACGCUGCAUACGCUACACGAAAUGGAGAUGGUGCAGGACCAGUCGAGGAGUCCCGAGUACAGUUUCGGUUACCAUCGAUAUUAACAGGUCUCCAUUGAAUGGAAGCUGUCAAGUGAAACCACCUUCAGGAUUUGCACUGACUACUGAUUUCAGUGUGAAUUGUUCUGGGUGGAGGAACGGCGUCUCAGAAACGUUUGUCUAUCCUCUGUUGUACGUAUACAAAGCCCGGUACUGGACAAGUGACCAAAUAACCGUGACUAGUUUCUUCACUGUUCUCUAUAGCGGAUAUGGAAGCUCGAUCAGAAAUUUGAAGCUGCCAGCUGGACCUGACGAAACUUCCGGCAAAGUACAGAUUGUCGUAGAGGUGUAUGAUUAUCUUGGGGACUUUCGGAAUUGGACUUAUAAUGUUACGGUUUAUCCAUUGAAUGACACUCGGACCUCAGAUGAGGAUCAUAAAUUCAACAUCAUUUUUGACGAAUUUGAUAGGCUUAACAUUUUUGAAAUACGGAACAGAAAUCAUCUUGCACAAUUACACCUAAUCCUCUCAGUUUCCUCUAUGUUUACCAGCAAACAACCGAUGGAUACUUCCGUGCGUGGUAUUCGGGAGUUUUUGAAUAGUUCUUCAAAAUGCGAAGCAAUAAAUCCAUUUUUGGAAGACGAACUUACUGGAAGAUAUUCGAAGAAAAUAGAAGAACUGAUGAGUAAUAUUUCAGAUAUCGUAAAUACCACCUUUGAAAUCAACGGAAAUACAAUUCUCUCUCCCCCAGUGCUGAACCUGAUCACGUGGACGAUGCAUUCCAUUACGUCAAACUACCUGUAUCUCAAUGACAAAACAAUUAGUCUAAUUUUGGGAAUAUUUGAGCGCUUUUCACAAAGAUUGUUGGAUAAAUUUAGAAUCAAGCCAUUCAUAAUGAAAUACCAUGGGAUUAUGAAUGACGUCAUCAAAGGAAUUAUGAGUGUCUUACGGUCUGUAGUAUUUUAUAAUACUAAGAUGGAUUCUCGUGCAACACGAACAGAAAUAACGACUUCGAUGUGGGAAAGCGCCGAGGGGAUGAACUGCAAGACCUAUUUAGAGGACUUCCUUCAGCGUUCAGAGAAUAAUAUUUCCAUGGUAAAUUAAACCUACCAAAUACGAAUACAGGAAAUAGUUGCUACAUUACAAAAAACCAUUUUGACUAUCCUCGUAAAAGGUGAAGGUGCAGUGACUUUGUCUUUGGGAGGCGUUGCAAUGAAGGUAACCCGCUUAGAGCUUGCAGAGAGAGCUCAAGAUAUGGAUGAUCUUCCCGUGCUAGAGGAAGAAGAAGAGAUACAGUGCGAGGAGAUGGAAUACGACAGCAACAACAACCCAUACCAAAACUCUGCCAACGGUGGGACUGUUGACACUCAAGUAAAAAGUUCCAAGUGCUCCACAAAUUACUCUCUUCCGAUCAUUAUCAAAUUGACACCGUCAAAAAACUUUACACGACUAAUAUCUUACAUUGAUCCGGAUGACCCUGAACAAAUGAUAUAUAAAAAGCUAAAUGCCUAUAAGAAAGCUGUUUUGAUUUACAUUCGUCCAGUAGGCAUCAAUGUACUACAGAGGCGUACUAGAUCUCUAUACACUUUAUUUGUUCGACGAGGACAGAGACCGACAUCUAGACAACAUCACUUCUCCAAACUGCUUACCCUUAAUGACUGGUCACAGGAACUCGGAUUCAAAAUAUUUGUACAUAAGGGUAUUUGUGGAAAGAAUGAUUGCUAUUUAGGAUUAAAGCCGUUGAACGUACUUUUAACUAGCAAUAUCACGGUGUCAAGUGUAAAACGACAAGCAGACAACUCUACACAAAAUACCAAGAGUGUGUUUCUUCUUCAAGUAAAACUAGACGCUAUAGUAACGACGGUAGGCUGCUCAGCUCAGAGAAACGAUUCCUGGGAGGAGGAUGUCUGUCAUCCACUCCCGAUGACAAGCGUUGAAGAAGUGAGAUGCAGAUGUUCCAGUAUACCAUCGAACCAGCAUGAUGUCAUCUAUGGUUCAUCCUUUCUGGCUGUUAACGUGUUGGAUUUUAGGACUGCCUUCCUGAAUUUUGACAUCAGCAACGCAGCGGUAUAUGCAACCAUAGUGGGAUUCCUCGUCCUGUACAGUCUCCUUGUUCUUCUGUUGCGACGCAAAGACAACGAAGACGCGGAUAAGUGGACGCUUGGCUUCCUGUGUGACAAUGGUAGAGAUGAUGAACAUUUCUACCUAGUGACGGUGGUCACCGGACUGAGAUCAGGCGCUGGUACCAAAUCCAUCGUCAACUUUGUUUUAUACGGGGAGUUAGGAGAAAGUGGCGUUCGGCUGCUUACCGACGAUCUUAAGAAGGGGUUUAGUACUGGAAGUGUCAACCGGUUUAUCAUGUCCACUCCAAAGUUUUUAGGAAGAUUAUUAAAUAUGUGGGUGUGGCACGAUUUCUCCGGUACUGGUGAAAAUCAAAGUUGGUACUUGAUGAGUGUGACCUUUGAUGACCUGACAACAAGAAAAAGAUACGUCUUUCCUUUUGACACCUGGCUGGCAGUUGACAGAGCUAAUGGACUAACCGAUUGUAUGGCAAACGCAAAGGAUAUCGAUGAUUCUAAAGUACUUUUCCGCGAUCAUAUAUUUUACAAUAUAACUGAAAAUAAUAUAUGGGCUUCCACAGUUUUCCGUCCUAACCAAAGUUCUUUCACUCGCGUACAACGGUUGUCGUGCAUUCUGGCCUUUCUCUUUUUGGCUAUGCUUGCUAAUGCAAUGUUUUACGAAGCACCAGGAACAGAACAGGAGGAGGUGUUAAAAAUAGGAAUUGUCUCAUUGUCACUAACCACAAUAUUCACAUCCCUGAAAUCUGUAGUCAUAACAACCCCGCCAAUAAUUUUCGUAACAAUGAUAUUCAAACAUACCAGAGAAAAAACGGCAGAAGACAAAAACGAUACUAACGAAGAAUUGGUCAAGACAAAGAGAAAACCCCUACCGCAUUGGAUGCGUUACGUAGGAUGGACGGUCGUAGUGUUAGCAGUUACGUCCUCCUCCGUCAUACUUGUCGCGUAUAGUAUGCAGUGGGGGAAAACCAAAUCUGAGGAGUGGCUUUCUUCAUUUAUGUUUUCAUUUCUGGAGUCUGCAACAUGCAUUGAUCCUUUAAAGGUGUUGUUCAUCGCUGUCGUGUUUUCUUUUAUCUACAAAGCCCCUGUCACUGGCGGAAGCAUUGAACUGGAUAUGAAACUUUUGAAAAAAUAUUCCACUUUUCAUUCCAACAAGAAAACAAAUCACUACCUUGACCUUGUUGGAUCGGUCUUUCAUAAAGAGCAUCCUUCAACAAAUUCAAAAAAUCAUAUAAUGCGGAAAAGGCAGAAAGAGAUUGCUUCCGCCGGAAGUAGCUUCCGUGACUUGAUUGUUUCACUGGUUUUGGCCGCAGCUGUUGUCGCUAUAGGCUAUGCAGAGUUUGAUUUCCAUUCCUUCCGUCUUCAGGAAAAUGUCAGAAACUACCUUAUCAGCGACGGCUACGGUCAAUUUGGAUUUUCGGCUGUCAAUGACACUACCGGAUUUUACCUCUGGUUGAACAGUACGUUUAUUCCCGCAUUUUAUCCGAACAAUACGUACAAUGAGGAUGAAUUGGAUAUUUUAGGAAAACGGAUGUUCGGUGAUUUAGCAAGCACACGGGUUGGUCCUUGUCGCAUAAGGCAGGCUCGAAUGCCGCAACGAAAAUGUGACAGCACUUUAAUUUCCACUGUCUAUCCGUGCAUCGACAGUUACACAAUGGCUUGGGAGGAUAAAGGCUUAUACUGUCCAAAAUGGCUACAGUCGUCCAGCUGCGGGGAUUCUGGUUACAUUCCGGAAGCGUGGUCGUACGUCGACUCUAGCGCCAUCUGGGGAAUACCCAUGUCUGCAGUGUACCAAACAUACAGUGGAGGCGGGUACUACUUUCUCUUAGACGAGGAACGUGAACAGUCUCUACGUCAAAUUCAGGACGCCCAAAAUAAUAACUGGAUUGAUCGGCAAACAAGAGCUGUGCUAACGGAGUUCACUCUCUAUAAUCCAAACACAAAUAUAUUCAUUAAUGCCGUACUUGUUUUGGAAUUUCUAGAACAGGGGUUUGCAGUUCCUGAUGUCCAUUUGAGGCCAUUCACCAAAUCCAUGGCUUUCAACGAGUGUUCCUCCUCUUUACAAGCCUCGUUUGCUGUUUUUGUGAUAUACAUCAUCGUCCUGUUCGUUGAUCUUGUACAUCAGAUCAUUACAAACUGUAGAAAUGUGAUCAAAAGUUUCUGGUUUUGGGUAGACGUCUUUUUAGACAUUACGUGCAUAUCCUCCAUUGUUGUAUUUAUUAUUCGUAAAAGCAAAUCCGACAGAGCGGAGAAGAUGUUUUUCGAUCAACAAUACUCAGGAGAAAAUGGAUUUAUCAAUUACUACCAAAUUAUUGUUCUGAACUUCACAAUACAACUUUUGGUGGGAUUUAUUUCUUUUAUCGCCAUUUUGAGAAUUCUACGCGCAUUUGAGUACAGUAAGAGGCUAUCUGCUUUCUGGAGAGUGAUAUCCCAUUCUGCUCGUCCCUUGCUCGGAUUUUUCAUUGUCUUUGCUGUCGCACUUUGUGCCUUUGGAUCUCUUGUGUAUCUGCUGUUUGGGAGAUCUGUUUAUAGCUUCAGAAACAUGGCCACGGUAUUCGGAAGUUUAGCAAAUACUCUUAUUGGAAAGAAUAAUAUCGUGAUCUUGUUAAAUGUCUCACCCGUUUUUGCAAUGUUCUUCUACUUCACCUACGGAUGUUUCGUCACGUUUAUAUUGCUGAAUAUAUUUGCUGCAAUUCUCAACGAAACAAUAGAUAGCGUGAAAAAGGACGCCCAGGGUGAUGGAGAUGUAUUUGGUAUUGGGGACUAUACAAUGUCAGCUGUCAAAGACUUCAUGGCUUUGGCGAAAAAUAUUCUGAAGAAAAAGAGAAACGAUGAGAAUGAAGAGACAGGAAACAAUCAUCCACGACAUGGUGAAGCAAACCAAGGCGUCAAUGUACAUGCAGUGAUAAGAAUUCUUCGCUGGGUGUUCCGAAAUGACGAACAGCAAGUCAAGAGAAGCACAGAAAACCUCAACGACUUGAUAAUUUCACAUGACACGGAUGAGGAUGAUGAUACUACGAAUGAUACAGACGAAGAUGAAGAGAUGAUGAUAAACAAACGGACGGUUUAUAAGUAUAUAUGAGGCAUGAAAAAAAUAUGUGAUAGUGUUACAUGCAUAUCAUAUAUGUUUCAUUUAUUUACCUUUUUUGUAAUCAAUUUUCAAAUUUAUUUAAGGAAGUUAGCUUCUGCACUUUCAAGCACAACUGCGCAGGAUGCUAUUAUAAAUACAUAUAAUAGAUAAGUAUUUACUGGUUCAAUACUGAUCCUAUUGUUGCAAAUAUAUUUCACAUUUAUUACUGAAAUAGUUGAAAUAUUUUGUGUCAAUUCAAAUUUUGAGAGGU